AACCUCCCUCCUUCCCUCCUCUCCUCCUCCCUUCCCUUCCCCUCUCCUCCCCUCUCUCCUCCUUCCCCCCUCGGUCCGCCGGAGCCUGCUGGGGCGAGCGGUUGGUAUUGCAGGCGCUUACUCUCCGGGGCCGUCCGGCGGGUAGCUGGCGGGGGGAGGAGGCAGGAACCGCGAUGGCGCCUCAGAAGCACGGCGGUGGGGGAGGGGGUGGCUCGGGGCCCAGCGCGGGGACCGGGGGAGGCGGCUUCGGGGGUUCGGCGGCGGUGGCGGCGGCGACGGCUUCGGGCGGCAAAUCCGGCGGCGGGGGCUGUGGAGGCGGUGGCAGUUACUCGGCCUCCUCGUCCUCCUCCGCGGCGGCAGCGGCUGGGGCCGCGGUGUUACCGGUGAAGAAGCCGAAAAUGGAGCACGUCCAGGCAGACCACGAGCUUUUCCUUCAGGCCUUUGAGAAACCAACACAGAUCUAUAGAUUUCUUCGAACUCGAAAUCUCAUAGCGCCAAUAUUUUUGCACAGAACUCUUACUUACAUGUCUCAUCGAAACUCCAGAACAAACAUCAAAAGGAAAACAUUUAAAGUUGAUGAUAUGUUAUCAAAAGUAGAGAAAAUGAAAGGAGAGCAAGAAUCUCAUAGCUUGUCAGCUCAUCUGCAGCUUACAUUUACUGGCUUCUUCCACAAAAAUGAUAAGCCAUCACAAAACUCAGAAAAUGAACAAAAUUCUGUUACCCUCGAAGUUCUGCUUGUAAAAGUUUGCCACAAAAAAAGAAAGGAUGUAAGUUGUCCAAUAAGGCAAGUUCCCACAGGUAAAAAGCAGGUGCCUUUGAAUCCUGACCUCAAUCAAACAAAACCUGGAAAUUUCCCGUCCCUUGCAGUUUCCAGUAAUGAAUUUGAACCUAGUAACAGCCACAUGGUGAAGUCUUACUCAUUGCUAUUUAGAGUGACUCGUCCGGGAAGAAGAGAGUUUAAUGGAAUGAUUAAUGGAGAAACCAAUGAAAAUAUUGAUGUCAACGAAGAACUUCCAGCUAGACGAAAACGAAAUCGUGAAGAUGGGGAAAAGACGUUUGUUGCGCAAAUGACAGUAUUUGAUAAAAACAGGCGCUUACAGCUUUUAGAUGGGGAAUAUGAAGUAGCCAUGCAGGAAAUGGAAGAAUGUCCUAUAAGCAAGAAAAGAGCAACAUGGGAAACUAUUCUUGAUGGGAAGAGGCUGCCUCCAUUUGAAACAUUUUCUCAGGGACCUACGUUGCAGUUCACUCUUCGUUGGACAGGAGAGACCAAUGAUAAAUCUACAGCUCCUAUUGCCAAGCCUCUUGCCACUAGAAAUUCAGAAAGUCUCCAUCAAGAAAACAAGCCUGGUUCAGUAAAACCUACUCAAACUAUUGCUGUUAAAGAAUCACUGACUACAGAUCUACAAACAAGAAAAGAAAAAGAUACUUCAAAUGAAAACCGACAAAAAUUAAGAAUAUUUUACCAGUUCCUUUAUAAUAACAAUACAAGACAGCAGACUGAAGCAAGAGAUGACCUGCAUUGCCCUUGGUGCACUCUGAACUGUCGCAAACUUUAUAGUUUACUCAAGCAUCUUAAACUCUGCCAUAGCAGAUUUAUCUUCAAUUAUGUUUAUCAUCCAAAAGGUGCUAGGAUAGAUGUUUCUAUCAACGAGUGUUAUGAUGGCUCCUAUGCAGGAAAUCCUCAGGAUAUUCAUCGCCAACCUGGAUUUGCCUUUAGUCGAAAUGGACCAGUAAAGAGAACUCCUAUCACACACAUACUUGUGUGCAGGCCAAAACGAACAAAAGCAAGCAUGUCUGAAUUUCUUGAAUCUGAAGAUGGAGAAGUGGAACAGCAACGAACGUACAGUAGUGGACACAAUCGCCUGUAUUUCCAUAGUGAUACCUGCUUACCUCUCCGUCCACAAGAAAUGGAAGUAGAUAGUGAAGAUGAAAAAGAUCCUGAAUGGCUAAGAGAAAAAACCAUUACACAAAUUGAAGAAUUUUCUGACGUUAAUGAAGGAGAGAAAGAAGUGAUGAAAUUAUGGAAUCUCCAUGUCAUGAAGCAUGGGUUUAUUGCUGACAAUCAAAUGAAUCAUGCCUGUAUGCUGUUUGUAGAAAAUUAUGGACAGAAAAUAAUUAAGAAGAAUUUAUGUCGAAACUUCAUGCUUCAUCUAGUCAGCAUGCAUGACUUUAAUCUUAUUAGCAUAAUGUCAAUAGAUAAAGCUGUUACCAAGCUCCGUGAAAUGCAGCAAAAAUUAGAAAAAGGAGAAUCUGCUUCCCCUGCAAAUGAAGAAAUUAGUGAAGAACAAAAUGGGACAGCAAAUGGCUUUAGUGAAAUUAACUCAAGAGAGAAAGCUCUGGAAACAGAUGGUGUCUCAGGGGUUUUAAAACAGAGCAAGAAACAAAAACUCUGAAAAAGCCCGACCCCAUAUUAUGGACAAACACUGAAGUUGCAUUCUAGGGAAUUCAGCCUCUAGGAAGAGGGUUUUUGUUUUGUUUUGUUUUUAAUCAUAGGUUCCAAACAGGCACUGUAGACGAAGUAAAUGAUUUCAACAAGGAUAUUUCUAUCAGGGUUCUUCUUCACUUCAUUAUGCAAGCAUUAUGUGUCUAUCAGUUUUAUUGAUGUCAUUACAACAUUCUCUGGUUUGAGCAUGGAAAGCAAUACUUGAAAGAAAGCUUUAUUUUAACUUCCGACACUUGUCUUAUGAAAUAUUGAAUUGAUAAUUAGAAAUUAUCUCAUAUAAAUUAUUAUAAUGUUCUUUGCAUUUGUGACUGGCUGUUUUUCUACUUCGUAAUUGUGAGACAUUUUCUUGGGGAAAGAAAAUUGAAUGCAAUUCCCUUUUUAAAAAAUUGAAAAUUUUUAUGAAAUUAUGUUGGAUUACUAUUUGCAAUCAAACCUUGAUCCUUGAUUUUGAAAUCAUUUAACAAUUUGGAAUGAAAAAUUAAAAUAUUAUUUUACAUUAAAUAAGCUCAUUUUACAAUUUUAAAAUAGCACUUCUUCGUCUUAAGCCUGUUUGAGAUGUUAAUUUUUCACAUUGUUGACAGUGAAAUGCCAUAUUGGUUUAUAUAGUUACUGACCAUUUGUUUUUAUGUGGAUAAUUUUAGUGUUUUGCUCACCCAGUAUAUUCUUUUAAACUUGAACAUUUUGCUGUUCCUGGUUUUUCUUUUUCAAUUAGGUGAUCCCAUGGUAAACUCGGCUGUCCACAUCUUUUCAUUAGGACGUAAACCAAGGGAAGAGUGAGUUUGGGAUUUUUAAGAUGCCACUUUCAAGGGGGACUGUUAUGCCCUCCCCCGCCCCCCUUUUUGGCGAAGGUGUCUUUGUAAUGUAUUUCAUGAUUAGAAUAUCCAAUACAGAUAAGCUGACUUGAAUCGUUUUGAGCAAUUUUGCCCUGUGUUAUAUGUGUUUUAUGCACAUAUUUGCAGUUGGAUUUUUUCCAACAGAAAGUGGUUUCACUACUGGCACAUUAACAAGCACCAAUAGGUUUUUAUUCCAACUCCAAGCACUGUGGUUGAGUAACAUCACCUCAAUUUUUUAUUAUCCUUAAAGAUAUUGCAUUUUCAUAUUCUUUAUUUAUAAAGGAUCAAUGCUGCUGUAAAUACAGGUAUUUUUAAUUUUUUAAUUUCAUUCCACCACCAUCAGAUGCAGUUCCCUAUUUUGUUUAAUGAAGGGAUAUAUAAGCUUUCUAAUGGUGUCUUCAGAAAUUUAUAAAAUGUAAAUACUGAUUGGUGUUUAAGAUGUGUUUAACUGUGAGACUAUUUAACUAAUAAUGUGGAUGUGAUUUGUCAUCCAGUAUUAAGUUCUUAGUCAUGGAUUUCUGUGUUAAAGAAUAGGGAAGAGGGAAACUGCAGUUUUCAUUACAGACUCCUUGGUGUUUGGUAAGCUCUCCGAAUGAUGAGUUACAGCAAACUCUGAUGAUGCCUCCGGAGAGUGGAUCUCACGCAUUGCUCUCGGGCUUUAAUUUGCUAAAGCUGUGCACAUAUUGUAAAAAAACAAAAAUAGAUUAUUUUAGGGGAGAUGUAGGUGUAGAAUUAUUGCUUAUGUCAUUUCUUAAGCAGUUAUGCUCUUAAUGCUUAAAAGAAGGCUAGCAUUGUUUGCACAAAAAGUUGGUGAUUCCCUCCCCCAAAUAGUAAUGAAAUUACUUUUGCUGAGUAAACUUUUUAUGUCAUCUUAUAAUAAAACCUGGAAAAAACCCUUUGUUUCUAUUUAUAAAAAAAUGCUUUUCUAUAUGUACCCUUGAUAAGAGAUUUUGAAGAAAUCAUGUAAGAUGAUAAAACAUUUGAAUGGUACAAUAGAUGUAAAAAAAAAAUUCAGUUUAAAAGAACAUUUGUUUUUACAUUAAAUGUUUAUUUGAAAUCAAAUGAUUUUGUACAUAAAGUUCAAUAAUAUAAAAGCUGUAUUCUGUCUUUGUUUUGUUAUGCAUUGUUAAUGCGUGCAUUCCAUACUUGGCUAGCAGAAUCAGGAUCCAGAAAAAAGUACACAAAAUAAUGGAUCCCAGCUAGUAAGAAAUGGAGGAAAACAUUAAUAUGAAAUCAUGCUUUCAAUUCUAGUAACAUCAAUUGCAACUAGUAUUUUGUGUGAUAAUAAGUGGCAAGUGAGGAGUUAGAGAAGGUUGUCAUCAAGAGUGUGUGAAAGAUGAGGCCACAGCAAGAGGCAGACAGGUCAGUGGAAGAAUGCAGGGGAUUCCUAAAUGGGAAGCUUGAACAUGACUGUAGGCUGACAGAGGGGAGGAGAUAAUAUAGUUUACAGUUGGCUACCAUUUGUAAAAAAAAAAAAAUGCUCGAGCUUUUGUAGAAUAUCCCUAAAAUGAUACACGAACAGUUUUUUUCAGGGAAGACAGCUGGAUUAAGGGACAGGUGUGGGAAGUAGACUUUUCACUGCCAUUUUUGAAACAUCUGAAUGUACUGCCUAUUAUUUUUGUAUUUCCGAUAUUUAAGAAGGGGAUUGCUUUCCCACUGCGAUCCUGUUAGGAUGGGUAAGUGCCUAGCACAGAAUUUGGAACAUGUAGGAACUUAGGAAAAUUGUACUGACUUCAGUGUGACUAAAGAAGCUCACUGCCAAAAAGAGUUCCUAAAACAUUCAGCUUAAAUUUUCUAUUUGCUAAGUAGCCUAAAGGUACCUUGCUCUGACACAAAUAGAAAUAUGUGAGGAUUUAUUACCCUGACUACCAUAUUAAAGCAGAGCACUUAGCUUUAAUGGUGCCCUUUUGUUGACAGUAAAGAUCAUGGUCCUCCGCCCCUCAUCGACCUUGUCUAUCUUUCCAGUCUCUCUCACUGUGUAUGCAGUCUCCCCUCCAACCAAGUGGAUCACCAGGGCACACCACGCUCUGAUGUUCUCACGAGGUAGCCUAAGACCUAAUUUCUGGAGCAUCAUGUUUCCAUGUACUACUACCUACAAGUGCAAUAUUUUUAUAUAGGGAUAAAAAUUUAAGUAAAUUUCUUAGGAGUAAGAUUGUUAAUUAAAGGCCCAGUGGGAUGAGCCACUUUAUAAAGCUGGUUCUAGAGAACAAGGUUGUUAUCCUUGGGUUACGCUACUGCAUCUGUGAAGUACUUUCACAUUUCUACCAUCCUAUCCACAUGGCAGGGCUUCAACCAAUGGCCACCUGCAGGUGCUCCGUCUCCUGGAAUCAUAUUUGUGUCCAAGUUAUUCUGUACUUUCUUCAGAACCUAGAUAGCUUUCUUCCUGCUUUUCUAGCAUGCUACCACUAGCAGCCAUUCUUUCACAGCAAUUGAAUAUCUCUGUGGCAGCACUUGUGCCAAGCACUGGGACUGGGAAUUCACCUAAGACUCAGAUUCUCCCAGAACUCAGAUCAAAACUGCACUUUAUUUAUUCUUCCUCUUGUCCUUAAAGAAACAUAUCCCUGUGGUAAGUUAUUGCUUAUUAUUCCAGGGAAAAGGUGAGGCUAUACAUGUAUCAGAAAUCCUAAAAGCUUUUUAUAAUUUGACAUUUAGAUUUAUGAAUCACUUAGCACAGUACCCAGAAUGUAACAGGGACCCAGUAAAUCUUAGCUCCUUUACUAAUUCUUGGAGCCCUCGUGGCUCAGUGGUUAAGAACUUGCCUGCUAACCAAAAGGUCCGCAGUUCAGAUCCACCAGGCACUCCCUGGAAACCCUAUGGGGCAGCUCUACCCUGUCCUAUAGGGUUGCUCUGAGUUGGAAUCAACUGAACGGUAAUGGGUUUUUUUGUUGUUACUAAUCCAACUAGGAUUUUCUUCUGAGUUCUAAAUUAUCCUUAUUUCUCUUAUUUGGGGGGCUGAGUCUUCUGUGAGGUCUUGCAGCAGAAGGACGGUGGUUGCCAUGUGAGUAAGCAACCAAAGCCUUAUUUCUCUUCAAUACUGAGCACCUACUAUGGCCUACACAUUAGGUAGCCACCAGGGAUACAAUGAUGAAUAAACCAGACGUUGUACCUGUCCUUGUGAAUCUUAAUUUUUAGAGAGACAUUCACUUGCGUUUUAGUAAACCAUGUUUCAAAGUAUCUAAUCUCAAACUAGGGUCCUGAAAUUUAGGGCUGUGUGGUAGGAGAAUUAAUGGGCUUUGGAGCUGACAGGCUUGGAUUUGAACCCCAACUUUGGUGAUUUUGUGGCUUUAUAACUGUUAGGAGUUACUUAACUAUACUGAAUUUGUGUCCUCACUGCAAAAUGGGAUUAAAAUACCUCCCUCAGUAAAGUCUUUCUAAGGAUUAAAUUCACAGAAAUCUUUUGGGAUUAAUAGUCUCAUUCUCCCACAAAACUACAACUGUUUUAACACUGCUUUAUGUACGUAAGAUUAAUGCAUAGAAGGGGCACAGAAAGGCCAAUACUGUUUUAAAAAAAAAAAAAUUUUAGUCAGCAUUAAAUAUGGGACAAAAUCUUUAGUGAGAGGGAUUAGUUUUAUUUUACUAAAUAUUUUUUUGUUUUUUAACAAGAAAAGUCUUAGUUCAAAAUAAUUUAUUAAAUGUCCAAAUAUCAGGAAAUGUUGACAACUUUGGGAUUUCACAUACCAGUAAUCUACUAAAAAAUUUUUUUUGGCUUAUUUUGUCAUAUAAGGACUUUUACAAACGAAACAAGCAAAGCUACUAUCUACUGUCACUUUCAUUUUUAUAAAAGGACAGAACAACAACAACAAAAAGGCAAGGAGGAUAAUUUUAAAGGACACUAGUCAUUUAAACAAAUUAAAAUUUACAACAACAAAAAAAACCACUAUGGAGACCACUUUUAGUUGUUUUGCUUGCACAAUAGAAUCAUCUAGUUUCUUUAAAACAAAACCUGAGCUUUACUUCUUGUUAGGUGCCCUCAAGUUGGUUCUGACUCAUAGUGACCCUAUGUACAAUGGAAGAAAACACUGCCUGGUCCUGCGCCAUCCUAAGACCAAUUAAACCAGAACCUUUGAUAUUUUCUAAAACUCUCCAGGUGAUCUGUGUGCAGCUAGGAUACAAAACCUCAAGGAAUGUAUAAUCUUAGUGGGUUUAAAGGAUAUGUCACAAGCUCAAACACCUAGUUCAGUGAGUUAACCAGCUGAGUAUUAUACCAAUUUAGGAAGACUGAAAAAGGAGGGGGGGGGAAUACAAGAGAACCAGAAUCAGAAUGGCAUCAGACUUUUCAACACCAGAAGCUAGAAGACAAUGAACCAAUGUAUUGUAAAGGAAAAUUCUCUCCAACACAAUUCUGAACAAGCCACUAUCAAGCGAGCAUAGGAUAGAAUACAAAGAUCUUUCAGACCUUUCAGUUCUCAAAAUAUUUAACUCUUGGGGGCACCCUUCCCAGAAGUGGAGGAAGUGCUCCACGAAAAAUAAGGGAAUAAUCCAAGAAAGGGGAAGCCAUGGAAUACUAUACAUGUGGGUAGGUCUGGACCAGUUUAGGGCAUAACUAAAUGAGUGUGUUGCUGUCAAUAAUAGUUGUCAAAAUAGUUUGUUGAUCCUCAAGAUACUAGCAAACCAAAUCCAAUAGGAUAUUAAAAGGAUUAUGCACCAUGAGCAAUUUUAUCCCAGGAAUACAAGGGUGGUUCAACAUUAGAAAAUAAAUGUAAUACACAACAUUAAUAGAAUGAAGGGGGGUAAAACAAAAGAUCAUUUCAAUAGAGCAGAAAAAGAAUUUGACAAAAUUUCUAGCUUUUAUGAUAAAAACACUCAGAAAGCUAGAAACAGAAGGGAACUUUAAUAAACUUAACCAUGGGGUAAAACUACAAAACAUUGCUGAAAGAAAUUAAAAAUGGCUUAAAUAAAUGGGAAGGCAUCCUGUGUUUAUGGAUAUGAAGACUUAAUAUUGUUAAAAAAAAAAAAAAAAAUGAGAGCCAAAAUUCCAACAGCCUUUUUUGCAGAAA